AUGGCUUCUACAGACAAUCAAGAUAAUGUACUAGAUAAUAGUACUGAUGAUCGAAACACAAAAUUAGAAAAGGUAUACAAAAUAUUUGAUGAACUUUGCCAAUGUCCAAUAUGUUUGAAAUUAUUAGUUGAACCCAUAACAACAAUAUGCGGUCACAAUUACUGCUUAUCAUGUUUAAAACAUUUAUUAGCAUCAUCAAACUUGGAAAAAACCUGUCCUUUGUGUCGAGAAAACUUAUCUUACUUAAAAAAUUCUCGAAUAACAAUAAAUUUUAUUUUACGAAAUUUGUUAGAAACACGUUAUGAAAAUCAAUAUUUGGAACGAAUAGCAGAAAUAAAACAAGAUGUUCUAGAUAACAAAGAUAAAAUAAGUGUAAUUAAAAGAUUGUUAAUUGGAAAUUAUCAUGCAACAAUUAAUACUGGUUAUGAAAUUGGUGCCCAUCGUUGGACGUUGUUUAUUCGUUUUGCCGAUGAUGAGAAUGAUAUGGAUAUUGGUACAUAUAUCAAAGAAAUUAUCAUUAGUGAUCCUGCUACACAAGAACAUGUUUUAGAUGCACCGCCCUAUCGUUAUACGAUGACUGGAUUACAAUCUCGUACCAUUUGCCUAAAUAUUGAGUUUCACUCGAGAUUUCAUAAAGCAAAUUUACGUACAGAUUGGAAUUUAUGUUUUACAGGAAUUGGAAAUCAAAAAUCGAUUGAGUUAGAAUUUAUCAAUUAG